GCGGGGCCCAGCGGCGGCCCGGGCUGCAGAACGGCGGGAGUCGGUGGAGCUAAGCCGCGGACAGAGGAGCCGAGGACCUGGCAGCCGAGCGGAAACUUCUAUUCAAAACAAAGCGGAGAGCCGGCGGGCGCGAGGGGCGCGGGGCUGCGGCCUGCUCGCAGUGGUGCAGCCGGCGAUGGAGGGAAGCCCGGGGGUCCGCCAUUUCUCGUCCUCCGAAGGCCCCGGGGCGCCUCCGAAGACCACGCACUCCAUGGAGGAGCUGCAGAAGCUGACCCUGCACGUGAAGGAGACCCUGGACGUGCUGACCCCGCUGGAGCUGCGUAAUUUCCGCGACAUCCUCAAAAAGGUGGACGAGGAGCCGCGCGUGACCCAGGUGCAGCUGGAGCUGGAGGGCGACAACACCUUGAAGCUGGCCCGGCUCCUGGCCAAGCAGUACUACGCGUCCGCGCCGCGCGUCCUCACCAAGGUGCUGCAACAGCUGCCCCGCGCCGACCUGCUGCCGCGCUGGGAGACCAACCCCGUCGCCAACGGCUUGGUGAUCCCAAGAAAACGCGUAAGAAGAAGCUCUGACUCUGUGGACUGUGAUUUGGACCAUUACGACCUGAGUGGUAGCCGGAAGGCUUUCCUCAUGUGCGUGAAGAAGACCAGGCCGGGGGCCAGCCGGGACGUGGAGCUGAUGGAGCAGUGGCUCGGCCAGUGCCUGUUCGAGUACACGCUGUGCAUCGAUCCUGGCAAAAAGGAGUUAAUUGACACACUAACUUCAUUUCGUGAUGGAUUAAAUGAAAUUAAAGAUGAAAUUAGCUGUUGCCUCGUCACUCUUAUGUCCCAUGGAGAAAACGGCUUUAUUAAAAUGAAGGAUGAUGACAAAGUCAGCCUGGAGUUCAUUUUUGACAUGUUUAAUAAUAAAAAUUGUCCAGCGCUGCACGAGAAACCGAAGAUCUUUAUAAUCCAGGCCUGCAGAGGAGAGAGAAGAGACAGUGGUGUUGAAACAGAUGAUGAGCCCAUGGACUCGGAUGACAUAUCCGAGAAGAGGAGGCUGCCCACGUUCAGCGAUUAUUUCAUCAUCUAUCCCACCCAGUCAGAUCAUGUUGCUUUACGGCACCCCCGCACUGGCUCCGUGAUGAUCCAGGCGAUGACUGACGUCUUUAAAGAAUAUGGAAAUAAGUGGCACAUUGCUGACUUUUUCACCAAAGUGAAUAACAAAGUGGUGCACACUGACUUUCACCUGCGGGAGGAACCCAUCAAAGUAUCGCUUGUAAUGGAAUCGACUCUAACCAAAUCCGUGUACUUUUGACAUCAGGAAGAGCUUAAAAAUAAGGACUGCCUUAUAGUAGACUUUCUAAAGGAGGCUAUGUAGCAUGGUAUAAAUAGUUAUCAUGUUGCAUUAUUUCUGUCGGUAGUUGUACUUCUCCAAUUUGUUUUUUAUAUGUAUAUAUUCUAAGAUUUAAUUCCAUUGAUUUGGAACUUGUAAAUACCUUGACUUUUUUUACUGAUAAUUUUUUUUCUGAACUGGACAGACGUCCAGCUGGAUGUGUAUACUGUUUUUUAUCAUGUGCUCCUGUUGCUAAUUACCCCUCACCUCUCCACUCUCAAUGGGAUGUUGAUUUUAAGGCUUCUUGGCUUAGUAUUGAAGAACCGCCUUUAGGAGGUCUUCCUCUGGUUCACCUUAUUUCACCCCCCCCCAUGGAUAUCUGCAGCCAGAAUGAUCUUUUUGACCUCAUAAGCCAUCCUCAAUUCUGACCUGUGUACCUCUGCAUGUACUUUGUGCCUUUGAUGCGUUCGUGUUUUCACCAUGCCUGUUCUCCAGCUUUCUCCCUGCUGCCUCAGUACCUUUGAACUGCUGGCUUCUGCCUGGAACACUGUUCCACCCCGUGGAGUGAAGUCCUCCCUGUACCAUGUGCUUUCUCUGUACCAUGCAUUCUUCAGGAUGCAGCUUGGGGCCCAACCCACUGUGAAGAGAACCUGUGUGUAGACUGGUGUUUUUAGAGUAACAGACCGUGGACCGAGCGUGAGUUUCCAUUGUAAUUAUGUUCUUAUGUAACGGGGACUGUGUUUGGACCUCGGCUUCCGCAUCUGUAUAAAAGGAGAUUUGGCUCAGCUGGCUGAGAACUCAUCCCACCGGACCUCAGGGAACUCUGAAGUCUGAAAGGACUUGGCCACGAACGUCCUGCAGAUGUAACUGUUCUUAAACACAGAAGUUCAAGGUGGCAGUUGCCUAAGACCGUUGGGCCUGUGUGAGAACGCAGGUGUGAGGAUGCUGUGAAGACUGAAGCAACCCAGAAUGUCCAGGCCUAUCUCGAUUUCAAGGAUAGUCCUGUCCUUUUUGGUUAAUGUGAUUCCUUAAGCAUACAUACAUGUAAUUUAACUUUUAACCGUU